UUUACCACAAAAACCAAAGUAUGAAUACUGUCAUGUGCAGGUUUUGUUAAACAUCUUUAUAAUUACAAUUUUUUGGAUUCACAGACUUCACCCUCCCUACACCUCUGAUGAAUAUAACAGGAAACCUGUUCGAUCACCAUGCACUGCAAAAUCAUUCUGGCUAUGGAUACGGAGAACAUCAACACAUUAACAUCAACACACCAGAGGAUAUACACAUUGGACUUAGCGCUCUGCUGGGAGUUUAUUUUUUUAUUCUGCUAUGCCACUAAAAUCCUAAUAAACACUGACAACUAAAAGAUUGUGUUAUUGUUAUGCGAAUUAAAAAAUUAACCCCAAAAGAAGAAAAAAAAUUAACCCCAAAAGCUUAUUCAAAAGGUUAUUUUGAGGAUCCAUUAAAAGGGGUUCUUUAAAGAACUUAUAGGGCUUCCCCCACAGUUUCAAUUUGAAGAACCCCGAAAAUAUACUCCAGGAACAUUUUAUUUUUAGAGUGUUACAAACAUUUCCACCUAAACAGUCGAAUCCUGAAGCCGUUUCCAUUGGAUUUACAUUUAAUGAACCAAUGCCAGCUUUAGAAAUGCCUUUGUCAAAUUUAGUUUAUAAAGGGUCUGGUAUAAACGUUUAUUAGUAAUACAUUCAUUAGAACAUAGACCAUAACAGUGAACUUAUUUUUUGUUGUUGUAAUUAUUCAUUAUUUAAAUAUUCAUUGAUACAGCAUCUGGGAUGAUGGGUGAAAAUGAAUGAAAAUGCUCUAAUGCUCAUCCAGUAAGCAUCCUUUCAUACUGUAGGCUAUAUAGGCGACUCUAAUUGGGCAUAUCUUUACAGUUUGUAUUAAAAGUUACAGUAAGAUACCCCUAUAUGCCAUGCGUAAUUGCUUGGUGCCAGACACCCGGGGGCAGCAGCACAUCAACUGUACCACUGAUGCAACUCAUCACUAUGAAGUUGUGCACCUGCAGCUGUUCUGUCAAUGAUCAUAGGGAGGCGUGAUCACUCCGCCUUUGACACCUUGCACCGUAUUUAUUUAGGGCUUCUAUAUGAAAAUAGACACGCCUUAUCUCUAUAUGAGGUUUAGUUUGAAAGAGGAAGUUUAGCUUCUAUUACGUUGCACUCGCUGCUCGUUCUUUUCGCAUUUUUUUUUUACUGAGGCAUCAGUGGCGUAUUAUCGCUUCAAUUGAGCAAGUGAAGAUUCUAUCAUAGCCUAUCCACCUCCGUCAAGGCCUCUGACAUCGCAAGGCCUUCGUGGAUGAAGAGAACAGCCAGAGUAACAUCAUUGAUUAUACAAAAUAUCUGCUUCCUUUAAUUUUUAUUAUAAGUAAAUUGAUUCAAUAAGACAGAUGAGCUCGUUUUACGACAGAAAAGACCCUAGUGAGUUAGGGCUGGAAGAGGAACUGAGUCAAGUAAACUGCCAAGAUGAGUUGGAGUUUGAUUACCUGUUUGAAUAUGAACCACCUUGCAACAACUUUCCCGGGGAAGAUCAAGUAGAUGAGCCAAAUCUCUCCUCACAGAGAGUCCUCAGUGCUGCAUCUCAUCUGGCCUACCCCCUGGAGGAGACUUCCCCCUACGACAUCAAGUGCAGCGAGCGCAACUCAGAGAGCCUUUCUGGUUAUGAACACCUGGAGGCUAAAAACUACUUGGACCACACCAGGCCUGGGGGUAUCGCCCUGAGCCCCAGGAUCGAGAUCACCCCGUCACGUGAGCUCUACAGCCAUGGACGAGACUCCCUACAGAACCACCCUCUGAACAUCAGUCCCCGGCCCACUCUGACCGUCCCGGGCCACGACAGCCUGGUAUACCGCGAGCCCCAGUGCCUGAGCCCAGCCAGCAGCAACUCCUCCACCAGCUGGCACUCGGAGAGCUAUUCCCCCUGGGCCUCCCCUUGCGUGUCCCCAAGUAGUGGCCAGACCGGGGCCGGAGACCUCUGCCCCCGCUUCCAGAACAUCCACACCGGCUCCCCCCGCACAUCCCCAGGCACUUCCCCCCGCACUGAGGAGGGCUGCCUCGGCCCCCGUUCGCCCUCCCCAUCCAUCAGGCCAGGAUCCCGCUCCACCUCGCCACAGGGCAAGCGCACCUACGACAUGUACAGGAAUCCCAGCUUGGUCACCGGGAUCCGUUCCCGCAGUCCCUCCCCACACGGGGGCCACGGGGAGCACUCCCAACAGAAUGCAAGUGCCCAUUACGGGACCCCCAACAGUAUGGCUGAGGCCAUGAACGGCUACAGCACUGUCCAGCCUGGUCUCGUCCCCACCAAGGUAGUGAAGACGGCCAACCAGGCGUACGCCCUCUACCCAGAGAACCACAGGGAGGUCAACUACCUGGUGUCCUGUGAGCAAGACGUUAAGAGUAAAACUGGGGCGGAGUCCUUCUUUGUUAUCCCUCCCAUCUGGACCAAGCAGCUGGUCCCCAACCUUUGCAGCAUCCCACUUUCUUCUCUGCCCCCUCUGGAAUGGCCUGUCCCCAGCCAUACAGACCAGUACGAGCUCCAUGUUGACGUGCAGCCCAAGCCUCAUCACCGAGCCCACUAUGAGACAGAGGGGAGCAGAGGAGCGGUCAAAGCACCCACUGGAGGUCAUCCUGUCGUCCAGUUGCAUGGCUACAGGGGUAAGGAGCCCCUAGGCCUCCAGAUCUUCAUUGGGACUGCAGACGACAGGAUUCUGAAGCCUCACGCCUUCUACCAGGUCCACCGCAUCACGGGCAAGACGGUCACCACCACCAGCUACGAGAAGAUUAUCAACUCCACCAAAGUCCUGGAGAUCCCUCUGGAGCCCAAGAACAACAUGAAAGCGAUAAUCGACUGUGCUGGGAUCCUGAAGCUCAGGAAUGCUGACAUUGAGCUGAGGAAGGGCGAGACGGACAUCGGACGGAAGAACACUCGUGUGCGUCUGGUGUUCCGUGUCCACAUACCCCAACCCAAUGGGCAACACAUCUCACUGCAAGUUUCCUCCCAUCCAAUCGAGUGCUCCCAGCGGUCGGCCCAUGAGCUACCAAUGGUGGAGAAACAAGACAUGGAUAGCUGCUCUGUCCUGGGAGGUCAGCAGAUGAUCUUGACGGGACAGAACUUCAGCUCUGACUCCAAAGUCAUCUUUAUGGAAAAAACCCAUGAUGGACAGCAGAUUUGGGAGAUGGAGACAACAGUAGACAAAGAUAAAUGUCAGCCUAGUCUGCUGUUCGUUGAGAUCCCUUCCUAUCGUGACCCAUCUAUCUGCCAUCCUGCCAAAGUGAACUUCUAUGUCAUCAACGGAAAGAGGAAGCGCAGCCAGCCACAGCACUUCACAUUCACCCCACUGGCAGUUCCCUCCAUUAAAACAGAGCCUGUGGAUGACUAUCCUUUCGCCAUGCCCCAGAUCCUGGGUGUUUCCCCGCAGUCCUACUACCACCACAGUCCUGUGGGGAUCAUUCACCCAGACAACAGCCUGGUCUCCAGCAUGGCCUCAUGCCAGCAGGUCCGAUCCGGCCUCCCCACCCCCGGCCCAGACCCCCGCUUCCAGCAACAGAGCCCAGCCAUUGUGUACACCCGCGGGGGCAAGAGUCUGAGCGGCAGUCCCGAAGGGCUCUACCAGCAGACUGGAGGGAUGGGGAUGAUGCCCGACCCACACCGCUCUGUCCUGGUCCACACAGGCUCCCCAGUCCAGCAGCAACACGGAGGGGGCCAGGGCCAACACCCCUCCAUCAUCCAGUUCUCCCCCACCAACCAACACCUGCUCAGGGAAGGCGACCCUCCACCUCUCCAGCCUGACAACCAGCAGCAUAUAAUCUACUGUGAUAGCUUCCCUCAGCAGGCUGGAGCCCAAGCUCACUCCCCUGUCCCGGCCCACUCCCCUCAGCAUUACCCCACCACUGUGAUCCAGCAGCAGCCCAAGGUGGUGCCCAAGGGCAGGUCUUCCCCUGGAGGGAUGGAAGCCCAGAGAUGCGCCCCUGGAGAGGAGCAGAGAGCCAGCCUCCCUGGCGGACAGGUCACGGUCAAGGAGGAGAACCUGGAUCAGAUGUACCUUGAUGACGGUGAGUUAAACGAGAUCAUAAGGAAGGAUCUGACCGGCGUGCAGGCCAGAGGUCAGACAUAGACGACAGAAAACAGGAAGUGGACAGCUGCAGCUCACUCUUCGUCGCCAUGAGAACCUCUUCUUCUUCCCUGUGUGCCCAUCUCCAUAUCAACCCUACAGUAUAUCAACACCAGCCACCAGCAGUUUGGCUGCUCUGCCCGUUUCCUUCAAAUAACUGUUUCUCAGCUAAAAUAUUCUCUGCCUUUUACCCAACGCCAAAGAAUGUUCUGCCAAAGACAAUUUUCUUAGUUUUCAGGCCCAAAAGAAACUAGAUUGUGCCUUGUUUUAUUACUAGUUAGGUUUAUCGGAUUCAAAUGGAUGUUUUUCUGUACAAUAAAUAAGAGGGUGAAAAUUCCUAAACAAGUCACAAUCAUGGCAGUCGCUGUAACAUUACUGGUUGUUAAACCAAUAUGCAGUGGUGGAAAAAGUACCCAAUUGUCAUACUUGAGUAAAAGUAAAGAUACUGUACGUUA